AUGGAAGAAAAAAGGAAACAUCAUAAAAAAAAAAAAGUUGGAAAGAAAACUAAAAAAAAAAAAAUUAACAAAAAUGUAAAUAAAAAAUAUCAUAAAGCAUUUGCAUUUAGUGGAGGUAUAAAAAGUGCUCAUAGAAGAAAACAACAUUUGUUUGAAUUAGAAGAAAAAAAAUUAAGAGUACCAAGAAUUUUAAAAGAAGGUAAUAAGAACAGUCCAUUGAUUGUUGUAAUACAAGGUUCUAAGGGUGUUGGAAAAACUACAUUAUUAAAAAGUUUAAUUAAAUAUUAUGUUGGAGUAAAUGUUAAUGAAAUAAAUGGCCCCAUUUCUGUUUUUACAAAAAACAAAAAAAAAUAUACUUUUAUAGAAGUAAAUGACGAUAUUCUUAAUAUGAUCGAUGUUGCGAAAAUUGCUGAUAUAUGUUUACUAGUAAUUGAUGGAAGUUUUGGGUUUGAACUAGAAACACUGGAAUUUUUAAGUAUCUUAAAUACUCAUGGAAUGCCAAAAGUAUUAGGUGUUGUUACAAAACUAGAUAAAUUUAAAGAUAGCAAAAGUAUAAGAAAAAGAAAAAAAAAAUUAAAUAAAAGAUUUUCGGAAGAAUUGGUUGAAGGUUCUAAAUUAUUUUUUCUUAGUGGUAUACAAAAUAAUAAAUAUAAUAAAACAGAAAUUCGAAAUUUAUGUAAAUUUUUAUCAGUCAUAAAAAAACCCAUAAUAUCAUGGAGAGAACAACAUGGCUAUUUGGUAGGUUUACGAUUAGAUAUUGAUGAAUCAACUAAUGAAAUUUUAAACUCAAAUAACAAUAUUAAUUCCAAUGAUUUAAAAAGAAAUAGUGAUGAAGAUGAAAAACAAUUAAAAUCAUUUUUAAAUAAUUGUAAUGAAAAUAUAUCUGUUUAUAUAGAAGGUUAUGUAUAUGGAUCAAAACUUUAUAAAAAUCAAAACGUUCAUAUCACAAAUAUUGGUGACAUUAAAAUAGAAAAAAUAGAUAUAUUACAAGAUCCUUUUAAAAAUGAUGAAGAAAAAAAAAAUCCAAAUAUUUAUGCUCCCAUGUCUGACAUAGGGAAUAUAACUUUCGAUUUUGAUAACAUGUAUAUUCAUAUACCAAAAAAUAAAAUAAAUUUUACUAAAAAAGAACUAUUAAUAGGAGAAGAGAAGGAAAAAUUAGGGAUAGAACAAGGUGAAGAAGAAGAAGAAGAAGAAAGAGGAGAAAAAAAAAAUGAAGAAAAAAAGAUGAAUAAGAACUCUGAUAAGGAUAAUAAUGCUAGCAUUGACGAGAAUGAGAAUGAGAAUGACGAUGAUGAUGACGAUGAUGAUGACGAUGAAGAUGAUGAUGAAGAUGAAGAUGAUGAUGAAGAUGAAGAUGAUGAUGAAGAUGAAGAUGAUGAUGAAGAUGACAUUAGUAAAAAUAAUGAUUCCCAAAACAAUAAUAAGGACAAAAAAAAAAAAAAUAAUAUCAAAAAUAAAAAGUUUUUAACUGAAAGUAUAAAAAUGAUAAGAGAAUUGCAAAAUUCUAAUUAUGUAUUUUCUAAUAACUCUGAAAAAGAUGACUUAAUUUUAUUUGACAAGAGAAAUGAUGAGUCACAAGAAGAUAGAAGAAAAGCUCCUUCUAACGUUUAUUUUAGUGAAAAACAAAAAAAGAAAAAACAAGGAGAAAACUAUGUAAAUGAAAAAGCAGAAGAACACAGUAAGUUAGAAUUAAUUUUAUAUGAAAAAAAAAAUGAUAAUGAUGACUAUUAUUAUGCAAAAGAUAUCCAUAUUUCUUCUAGUGAAGAAGACAGAGAUAUAAAUUUCAAUAAAUUUUACAAAAAGUUUGGGAUAGAAAAUGAUAAAGAAGAAAAUAAUAAUAUAUAUGAAAAUGCUGUUGAUGAAGAAAACAGCAUUAAUAUUAUUUCUGACGAAGAGAAAAAAGAAGAAAUAGAAAAAAUUAAUGAAAAAAAAGAACAAGAAUCCCCUUACGAUUACGAAAUUGCAGAAAUAUUAGCUUUUGAUAAUAAAAUAAGUAUAGAUAGUUUCAUUUACGAUUUUAAUUAUAUUAACAGAAAAAAUAAUUGUUUAUAUUUUAAAGGUGAUAUUAUGACUAUUAUAAAAAAAGAAAAAAAUGAUUUAUCUAAAACAUCUUUAUCAGAAGAGGAAAUAAAGUUGUAUAUUACUAAGAAUUUAUUAAGUACAGAAUCAGUAGAUGACAAUGUAAAAAACUAUUAUAGUUAUAUGAAUGAAGGUAAUUAUUACCUUGAUGAUAUAGACACUUUUAAAUGUGUUAAAAAUGAUGUUUUUAUUUUUAAUAAUUUAACAAUAUCUUUAUCUGAUAUAAAAGAUGAUAAUUUAGUAGAAAAUUUUUUCACCAGAUAUAGCAGUUUGUAUAGCAUGUAUUUUAAAAACUCUAAUAAUGACAAGGUAAAAAAAAAGGAAGAAAUGGAAUAUAAUAAUGAAAAUAAUGAAGAUGAUAGCUAUAAUGAUGAUGAUAAUGAAACUGAUACUGAAAACAAAGACCAAGAUCAUGAAGAUGAAGAUGAAGAUGAGAAUGCCGAAAAGAAAGAAGAAAAUGAUAACAAAAAAGAAAAUGAUAUUGAUAGUGAUAACUUGAAAAAAGUAAAGGAACAAAAAUUAUUAUUGAAAGAAAAAUAUAUAGAAACUGAAUAUAUAGGAGUUUUAAAUAAUGCAUAUGGUUCUUCUGUUAACAUAGGAGAAUAUGUUAGGAUUCAAAUAACUAUUGAAAAAAAAAAAUUGGUUAUACUAAAAAAUAAUUUGAUUAUAUGUGGUGGAUUACAAACCUAUGAAGAAAAAGAUUCUUAUAUUCAUUGUAGAAUAAAAAAACACAGAUGGUUUCCUAAGGUGUUAAGGUCAAAUGAUCCUCUGAUUUUUUCAGUUGGAUGGAGAAGAUUUCAAAGUAUUCCAAUAUAUUCAAUCAAUGAAAGAAAUAAUGUGAGAAUAAGAUAUUUAAAAUAUACAACAGAACAUAUGCAUUGUAAUUGUACAUUUUUUGGUCCUUUAUCAGCAGUUAAUAGUGGUGUUCUAGCUUUGUAUAAUUAUAAAAAGGUUCCUUUUUAUCGUAUAUGUAUCAAUGGUGUUAUUUUAGAAACUAAUAAUAAUUUCAAUAUUAUGAAAAAGCUAAAAUUGAUUGGAGAACCCUACAAAAUUUUUAAAAAUACCGCUUUUAUUAAAAAUAUGUUUAAUUCUGAUUUAGAAGUUUGUAAAUUUAUUAAUUGUCCUAUUGUUACACCUAGUGGAAUUAAAGGGUUAAUAAAAAAUAAAUUGAAUGACAAAGGUGACUUCAGAUGCACUUUUGCCGAUAAAAUUAGAAUGAGCGAUAUUGUUAUUUUGAAAUUAUUUGUUAAUGUAAAAAUUAAAAAAUAUUUCAAUUAUGAUAUAGAAAAUAAAUUGAGAUCUAUUAAUGAACUGAGAUAUAUAUACAACAUUUAUGUCAAUCAUAAUAGUAAUUAUAGGAAAAUUCCUUUUAGACAUUUUUAUCAUAGCAAAAUUCAAAUAAAACCAAAUUUAUUAAAAGAAUUACCGUAUAGAUCAAAACCCAAAUUAUUCAAAAAAAUUGAUGAUUCUAAUAAGCUAAAGAAAAAACAAGAAGAGAAUGAUCAAAUAAACUUUAAGUCAUUAGAAAACCCCAAGUUAGCAGCAAGAUGGUAUCAAAUGUUACGUACUAUUAAAAAAAAUAUUAUUGACAAGAAAAAAGAAAAAUCUAAAUUAACUUAUCAUAAAAAAUUAAAAGAAAAAUUAAAAAUUGAAGAAGCAAAGCAAAAUGUUAUUAAGAAAAGAAAAAAAUUGGCAUAUAAAAAAGGUAGAAAAAAUUAA